ACAACAACAUCAUUACGAUUUCUUAUAUAAGUUGUUCGAUGUAGAAAACAAACAAGUUUGCUCUGUACAGUUGUGUCUAAAGAGGGCAAUUCCUUGAUUCGCUGUCUGGGUGAAUGUAUCAACAAGCGAUAACGGUCAGUGGUGGCAAUAAGCACAAUGCAAAAGCUAGAAACAACAGCAUGCCAAGAAGCCGACUUCAUGCUGAAUGAUGCUUACUGCAAGCUGAGAAAGUCUCCUACGCGGCAAUCGUCGUUGCUCAUAGAUCCUCCGCCGCAGUAUCCGAAUCUUCCCAGUCCAUUACUUAACGACAGUACGCCACUGUUUAACACAUCGUCUGAAGGCAAUAGUCCUAGUCCCGCAUCACCAUCAACUACCUUCACUUCACUUAGCGCUGGCCAUCACACCACGUCACCACCGUCUACAUUGCUGGCCUCGCCUUCACCAUCUUCCUCGCCUACAAGCAGGACGACGUCGACGACAAUAACAGCCGUACCGACUACUCUUUCGGAGAACACUUUAAAAUCCUUGUCCAAUUCAUCGCUGGGUGCGCUUAAUCAUCAUCCCGUAGAAAAGCGGCUAGCAAGCGAUUCGGCUGGCUAUGGGAGUCCAUCCAAGAAGACGAAACUCUCUCCCUCAUCUUCAUCAGCAUCAUUAUCGUCGACAUUGUUUUCCUCAACAUCUUCAGCUUCGUUUCAAGUGUUAGUUCCGUCACCGUCUUCGUCUUCCGUCCUAUAUCGUCACAAUCAUCAUCACCACAACAGUGGAGCAGAUGUUGGAAGUGGGGGAAGCAAUAUUAGUGGCAAUGGCAGUACGCUUCUCAACACGGUACUGCAACAAACUCAGAGACUUGGCGAUGGUCAUCUGUGCUUCUCGCCAACUGCAAGCAGCAACACUGGGCACGCAGGUGUGAACGAAUGUUUGAACAUACAUGACAAGCUCAGGGAAUUAUUUCUGGAGUUGCUUUUGGAGGGUUCGAACGAAAGUGACAGACUUAGUUUAAGGAAUACAUCUUUUCUGUUGGAAAAACUAAUCCUGCGCGAACAGCUGAAUACCUUGAUAGUGAACUUAUACCCUGGCAACAAAGGAUAUUCGCUAGCAUUUCGAUUAGGAUCGCAAGACGACGGAGGAAAAAAUGUUUCGAAAACUGGAACAUCUGCAAACUUGACAGUCUUUUCGACGAUGGGUACAGGUAUUGGCCCACCAUCCAUUUCCGGCAAUGAUUCACUGACGGUAAAUGCUAGUGAUCUCAAUAGUGAAAAUCUGCAAGAAACCAUACGAUGGCCAUACGAGGAAGAAGAUUUGUUAGACUCUAUUGAUCGAGAAGAGCUACCAUUGGUGUUAGUGGACCUACUUGAAAAUAAGUGUCCUGCGCUGUUCUAUUGCGGUUGCGUAGUUGCGGAAAUACGCGAUUAUCGGCAAUCGUUUCCUAUUUUUACCUGUGAUACUUUCCACGUGUUACUGAAACCCACCAAUCAGACCUUGUUGGCCGACGUGAAUAUUCUUACAGCAGAGGGUGAGUGGACCGCAGAGGACAAGCUGGCGCUUGAGAGUCAGCUAGUGCUCGCAACUGCGGAACCGCUGUGUCUCGAUCCGAAUCCGGCGGUCGGAACGAUGUCUAUCAACCACCAUCACCGAAGGCAACUGCUAAACACGGCUCCUAUUCGACGUCAGGCAAAGAAAUUCUCUCAGAUAGCGGUCAAUCGCAAGAGGAAAACCGACCAAUUCACACACAACUUCGGGCUGGAACUAAGCGACUUUAUCAAUAAGUACCGGGCACGUCCGCCUCGCCAACAAAGCGUUCGGCGUGGUGUGGUCAGUUUCACCUUACCUAAGAAACCGUCCGAAGUGGUGCCAACGGUAAACUUACCCAAUUUGGAACUACCGGAACUGUCGAUACCAUCUGAAGUUAACGUGGAAAAGUAUGCCCGCAAAUAUGAAGCUCCUAAGGAGAGCCGUGACUGCAUACCGCAACUGAUAGAGGAGUACAUACUCGAAACGGACCGCGUCAUAAAUCGAGGCGAUACUCGAGUGUACCAUAUUAAGCUUUCUAUUUUUCAACGACCAUCAAAUUCAGAGUAUCUUGGCGAAUUGUACGUUGAUCGAGAUUACCAUGAGAAUAAACGGAACGGCGAGGCUUGUCAAUUUUCAUUAGGGACACGAGCGCACGCUCACCGUUACAUUCAACAGUUUACGGAAAUUUUCACCGAGGAAGGUAGAAAAUCGGUCAAAAUUACCCAUCUGGUACCGGGACAGGUUCCCAAAGUAUUGCACACAGCUGGCAUGCGAGAGCAGAACGUGCAGCAACAGCAAUUGCAACAAUUGCAGCAACAACAACAACAACAAAUACAGCAACAGCAACAACAGCAAACGUUGGUACAACAACAAAUAUCUCAGAUUCAGCAAAGGUUACAAUCUCAUCCAACACAGGCGCUGCUGACGCGGUUGCAAGCAACAAAUCCUGCUUUAGCAUCACAAAUUGCGACGGCCACGGGUGUUAAUGGUAACAUCACACUGAAUGCAACAAAUCCAAACACACUUCCUGGCAAUCAAUCACAACAGGCACAACCAACAUUGACCACAUCGCAACCUGCCGUUCAUCAUAGUUUGCCCCAUCAGCAGCUUACAUCGAACACAACUGCCGGUCCGAAUAUUAUAAGCAUUGGACCGGCCGUGUCAACUACACAACCACAUCAGUCUCCCGUCCAGCAACCAACGCAAUCGCAGAUCCAUAUACAGCCGCAACAUCUGAUAGCAUGUUCCAGCCACCAGCAGCAACUGUUUAAUGCAAAUUCUUGUGAUACAAGCAACGCUACGACUAGCGUUGUAGGUGCAGGCACAGGCACUACAGCAAGCAACGUAACAACUUCCCAAGGAACGACUAUAACGAUACAAACACAGUCAUCGGCACAGCAGCAGCAGAUCCAACAAAGUCAACCAACGCAACAAACACUGAACCUGGGCAACGGAUCAUUGCUGCUCGUGCAACCUUCUGGACAAAUAUCGAACCUAACGAUGACCACUAACGCUUCAGGACAGCAGCAACUAUUGGCAACGGCCGCUGGUGCGGGAACAAUUAGUAACACUGUCGGCAGUGCUGUUAGUGGUGCACAAAGUUUUACGUUUGCCUCAGGAGGCCAGACGGCAACAAUAAUAAAUCAGACAGGAGCCCGCACCUUGGGAAGUACCGUUCCGCUGCUCGUACGUCUGGACAAUACCAAGGUGUCGCGUGAUACAGCGGGAAAUUUGAUAUCAACUAUUUCACAUCAGUCAACUUCCUCGGGACAAGUACAACUGAAAACGCAACAACAAAAUUUGGUACAAAUCCAACAGCAGCAGCAGCCGCAACAGUCGCCGCAGCUGCAGCAACAACAGCAACAUCAACAGCAACAUCAACAGCAAAAACAGCAUCAGCAACAACAGCAAUCGCAACAAACACAACAAUCAGCAUCGAUUCACACGACAAAUCCGGAGAUAAAGGCAAUUGCUAUAAGCAUUAUGAACUCAGCAAAUCAGUUUACGAACCGACAGCAACAGCAACAGCAACAACAAUCCGGCGCGAAGUCGAGUAGCAAUGCCGCUAUUCUUAGUCUUCUUAACAGUGCCCCAGCAGCAAUGACCAAUUCACCGGUAUUGAGUGGUAGUCUUACACUACCAAUUGGGAAAACAUUGACUGAACUGCAGCAACAACAACAACAACAACAGAGCCAACAACAACAGCAGCAACAGCAGCACACAAUACAUCAUCUUCAAACAACAGGGGGAGGUACGGCGACGACGAUCAGUGGAAACGCGGCAGCGGCCCUUUUCAAUAGUGUUGGUGGGCGAAAGAUAAACAUUCAACAGGCACAGACAAACCAAAACCGUAUUCUCAACCAUACCAAUCUAAUCACCGUUACUGGUGGCACUAGCGCCAGCAAUCAUCAAACACAAAUCCUCAAUAUACAAGCAGGUGAUUUGCAACAACAACAACAACAACAACCGUUACAAACAUCGACACAAACAGCAUCCCAGCAACAGCAAUCACAGCAACCAGGAGGAAAUAUACGCGUUACUAUGUCAGCUCUCGCUACACAGCUGGCAUCACCGCCCGCCAUCCUGACCACCUCCAAUCUGCCACAGAGCUUUAAUGUUGCUGCAGCAGUCGGUGCUACUUCGAGUGUCAACGUUUCUGGUCCCACCGUUUCGACGACAAACGCUGCCUCGUUUAGCGGAGGCACAGCAUUAACAUCAGCGGGAAGCAAGCUUAUUAUUAAUAACGCAAAUCAGCGUGUGCUGAAUAUCAAUUCAAACCCUGGUACGUCAACAUCCACGGCUGCCGUCGUUGCUGCUGCUUUCGGUGGAGCGAUACGGCGCGUUAGUGCAACGGGAAAUUCUGGCACUGCUGAAGGCAUACAGAUGCAAAUUCAGGGUCUCGCUGCUUCGCAAAGUUCGGCAAACAUUGCAACAGGUGUUAACGUUAGCAAUAUUGCAGGCAUCACGUCGGACAACGGAUUGCGCCGCACAGUGGUACCGGAACAACUACAGAUACAGAGCAUCGCUUCACCUGGCAGUGAUCACUCCAACACGUCCUCAGUUUCUCUGGCCAGCAAUGGAGUGAGCGGUGGUGGGAGCGGCGGCACCACAGGCACAUUAAAUGGUGCUAACUCAAACAACAUCAUCUUCAACAACAUGUCCGGCUUAACCGCUUUACUUUCAAACACGACCACUUCUGCGGUAGUACAACCCCAACUAGCUACCAGCAGCAGUGGGAAUGGAGAUGGAUCGUUACAGAACUCGGUGUCUGUAGUCGGUACGUCGACCCUCGUUGGCUUAGGUGGGGUAUCGAACAAUGCAAAUUGUAGCAGCAACAUCCCAAGUACCAACAGCAACUCUACCGCGUGUGGUAGUAACAACACAAACUCAGCAUUAAUAGAAAGACUGACUUCCUCUAGUAGCUUAAAUCUAACUAAUAAUAACUUGCCGGCAGCGAGUCCCGGUUUGCAGUUUACCAUACCUUCACCAAAAACGCCUCAGCAGCAAUCUCAAGCGCAUAUACAGAUACAAUCACCUGCUGGAUCGAUAUCGCCUCUCUCUAGUCCUCCGCCCCAGGUCACCAUCCAUCCACAGCACCAUCAAACCCAGCAAUCGCAGCACAGUCAGACGCAGGCGCUACCCGCCCAUCAAACGCAACAACCUACCACGGUCAAUUUGCAAGGAUUAAACUUUGCCAGCCUUCACGGUGCAAUGACGUCCAUCCCCGGAUUGCAAAAUGUGCAGGUACAAAUACCAGGACUUGCGCAGCCCAUUUCUUUAUCCCUUUCCUCUACGCCAUCCGGGGGAGGUACGGGCGCGCUAAAUAACACGUCGGCGGGAAAUGCAAACCAAACAACUAGCUUACUAGUUUCAGUCCCAGUAACCAACACAACGCAAGUUGUGAAUACCAUUAAUGCUGGUGGUACAGGUAACCUACUGCCCGGUAACUCUCAGACGACACAAACAGUUGUUCUUACAAAUCCACAAACGAGUGGAUCUAGUUUACUUUCUCUUCCAAUUGCUCAAAUUGUAACAUCUGGAAUGAAAGGGCUCGGCCAGCAGAACAUACGAACCGGUACCCCGUUAGCUGUUAAUACCGGUCAACCUGGACAACAGAUUCAACUACUCAAUAUUAGUCAACGUCCUCGCGCGGGACAGUUGCCCGUAGUGAGCUGCUCGGGAACAACACCGAUAACUGCCAAGCAGCUGGCAGCGCGUGUGGUUCAGCAUCGGCAGCAUAUUGCCUCAGCAGGCGGAUCCGCUUUAAAAAUCGCUACCCCGAUUACAGGAUCGCAUAAUACAGGGCAGCUGGGUAAUAACUUAAACGUGACCUCUAAUACAACGGCAAAUCAGCUUAUAAUGAGUUCGAAACAGCUGCAGCUAAAGCUUCAACAGCAACACGUUCAGCAACAUCAACAGCAGCAGCAACAACAAUCACAGCAGCAACAGCAACAUACCCAACAAAUAAUUGCAGUAACUACUAACCAGCCACAACCAGGUACGACUCAAAUCCAUAUUCAACAACAAUCACAACAAGCGUCACAAUUGUUGCAGCAUCAACAGCAACAGCAAGCACAACCGCAAGCUACUCAGCAAAUCAAUAUUAUUAACAAUACGGCGAUGACCCCAUUGUCUCUGCCUAGCCCUGUUUCAGUGACAAAUGCGGUGGUUUCCCAAUCCACUGGCCAUCAAAAUGUGAGUGCUAUAACGGUACCAACUGCAUCCGGAAAGCACAGAGGCAGAUCGGCCGCUGACAUGAACAAGUAGUGGAAGAAUACGUUAAUAGAUCUGAAUUUGUAGGACUGACACAGACGUCGUUGG